AUGACCUCGGCUGGAGAAGGUCGGGACUCGCUCGACAAGGGAGGUGACGGUAGUGGCAAGCGGAAACCGCCGGCGUCUUCGCCACAGAAGCGGAGUGUAGACGAUCGGGAUGACGAACUACACCUACUGCAAGGAAGGACUAAUGGUCACUCACGAGACGAUGAUGAGGAUCAACGAGACGUUCUGGUGAGCAGCCAGGAGGUGCCGCAGUUGGGCCGGGGGAUGAAUGAUGGAAUGGUCGACCUGGGCGAGCUGGGAGAACCCCCUGUCAAGGUCCCUAGAGUAGUUGAUGUGAUACCACGCGAGUCGGCAUCUAAGCCUGGGGGGGUCACUGAGGAGGACGAGGAUGCUGUCAGCUUCUCAUCGGAGUGUAGUGUUGAAGAGGAUGACGAUGAUGACUCGAGAGGCGGCAAGAGCGUCGUUGAGCCAGAGGUCCCCCCGGCUAGGGCGGAGGAAUUGGAAAUAUACACCUAUGACCCGUUUUUCGUACCCCUCGACUCCGGUGAGAGCAGCGCCUUGGAUGAUUGCAUCUGCCGAGAUUUGGCUACACUAGUAGAAGGAGAUUACGGUGGAGCCUUCUCCCGUCUGGAGCCCUUCGCACAUCCCGAGUUGCAUCUGGUAUUCUUGCGUAAACCAGAGCAUGCCAGUCCAGAGUUGAUGCCAAUGAUGUGCAGGGCGUUCGAUGGUCCGAGGGAAGUAGCGGCCACAGUAGUCUGGUACAAGCCCGCCGACCUACUCACUGACGUCAUCCGUCUAGCUUUGGAUGCCUUGAAGGGAUCGGAAGUAAAGUUUGGUCUGCAGUCUGGCAUCAGAGCUAUGGUCACCUCUGCGGCUUCCCAGGAGAUAGUGGACGAUCCGAAAUCGAAGAUCUUGAUGAUAUUGGAUUCGGAAGACCCUACUUCACAGACCUUCGAAAACGUUAGAGCCGCGGAGUUGCCCUGUGCUGGGAGGAGCGACAUUUUCUCCGGCCGAGUGGGAGGGAAUUACCUCCGAAUUGAAGAGAGUGUUGAGAAGAAGGGCGGUGAAGAAAUCGAUGUGGGUCGCUGGCGUCCCCUAGAGUCCAGCUUCCUCAUACUCCGACAUCAGCCUCCAGCGUCGGCGUCAUCGAGAGUUGGCGGUGAGAGUAACGAACCAGAAAUGGUAUAUUUGGCCAUACCAUACAUCCUCCUUCCCUUUUGCCUCGACGCCGGGCCCAUUCUAAGACCUCCCGAUCUAUCGCAUAGGAUCCCCAUGGAUCCCCGCUCCUACUUUGAGUACUCUUCACAAUUCCUAUUCGAUGCCCAGCCGCAGGUUCGCGAACACCAUCCUCCAGGGCUACUCCUAUACGGUGAUAGAGCCCUGCCUUUCCUAACGCAAAUGAGUGAUGGCAGAGUCCCUGAUGAUAUCACCCUUGGCCUCGGGCUUAUGACUGACGCACGAGGCCGAACGUGCAGCAGAUACGGUCUGCUGGACACGGCCCAUGCCCUGUCUAUGGCGCCACUCUUUCCUGCUGACUCACACCUCAACCCUGGAGGUCACCGGUCUCUGUCUGAGAGCUCCCUAUCGAGUUGGGAGGAGUCCUCUAGCAGUAGUCACUCGGAGGAAUGCUCCUCCGGCCCCUUAUCCAAGCCCCUGAGUCAGUCUGGGUGUGGCAUCACUGAAUUGCCUAUCGCCUUCUCCUCGGUAUGUGGUUCCCGAACAGCUACCUCCGAGCUCGCCAGGUUCCUCGAGAGAACCUCGGCUGGUCAAACUGGCCAGACAGCACAGUGGCAGCCUAGCGAGAUGACGAUGAUCGAUCCGGCGGCUAGAUACGUUGGGCAUUGUCCUUCUAAUAUGGACACAGAGCCACAGCAGAAGCAGCAUGAUCCUGCUCCCACUACCAGGACUGUGGAGUAUCUCAAGUCCGGGCAAGCUACUUCUGAAGAGAUCCAAUCAUUCGGGGAGGAGGAGUGUCGGGCUUCUAUCCGCAUGCUGGCCACUGACCGUUGUGGGAAUUAUUUCCUUGAAAAACUGUGCCAUCACCUUGACCUACAUGAUGUUUGCAUCUUCCUGGAGGAACUGGUCAUCGCUCCAGAGUUGUCCAAGAACGCUCGAGAAGUUGCUGGAUCGAAAGUUCUUCUGGGAACGGCGAGUCAGCUGAAGGUCGAGAGACAAGAUCCUCCCGAUGACAUUGUCGAGAUCCUCCAAGUGCUUUAA